CCACCCGAUCACUUCGGCGGCAUUGUGACCUAACCUAGCUUUUCAAAUUCGUCAUGCGUUCAUGCAUCCUGAGAAGUCUGUUUCUCGCGAGGCCAUCGUCUCGCGAGAUUCCUGGCGGUUACGCGACAAGGUGGCUAACGUACUCGCGACUGAGGCUGACGAGGAGGUUCGCAAGCAAUGCGGGUAAGGAUCGCGGCGACGAGAACGAUGACGCAAAGAAGGGCGCCGGUUAUAACCUCGCGACCGCUAUGAAUACAAAAUACAAGGUGUUUCACGACGAAGACGCGGACGUCAUCCUGGACGUGAGCGAGGAGCAACAGAUCCUUCUCGAGAACCUGAAUAAGCAGGAGGAGGCCCACGAUCCUUACAGCAACCUAAAUCUGAACCAUGGUAUCACUGGAGUAUACGAUAUCGAGGAUCUUGUCGAAUUGCUGGAAAGAGAGAAGGCCAAAAACAUUUUCGUCGCUUCAGUUCCCAAGGAGUACACUUAUGUGGACUACAUUGUUGUUGUUAACGGAAGUUCACAAAAGCACAUGAACGCUUUGGCCACCUUCGUACGCAAGGUUUACAAACUGAAAAGGCAUCAGACCGAGCAGAUACCUAAAAUCGAGGGAGAGAAUUCAAAGGAUUGGAUGGCUCUGGAUCUAGGAAACAUCGUUCUGCACAUCAUGUCGCAGUCUGCCAGAGAGCAUUACGAUUUGGAGACUCUAUGGACAGUCGGAUCGCAAUACGACGAUAAGACCACUGAAUCCGAGAAUCUCAACAUUAUGGAUCAAUACAAUGAUUUCUUGGCUGAUCUUCAACCAGCCGAUGACACUAAUGCAACCAAUCGAUGAUUCGCACGCGUUUACUUUAAUGUAAUAAAUUCUAAACUAGUCUAAUAAAAAAUAAUUUAUAAUUAACAA